GGGCUGCAGCCGGGCCAGCGGGUCCUCUACAAGCAGUCGAUCGCGCAGCGCGCAAGGACCAUGGCGCUGUACAACCCCAUCCCGGUCAAGCAGAACUGCUUCACCGUCAACCGCUCGCUCUUCGUCUUCAGCGAGGACAACGUCGUCCGCAAAUACGCCAAGCGCAUCACCGAGUGGCCUCCGUUCGAGUACAUGAUUCUGGCCACCAUCAUCGCCAACUGCAUCGUGCUGGCGCUGGAGCAGCACCUUCCAGACGGAGACAAGACGCCCAUGUCCGAGCGGCUGGAUGACACAGAGCCCUACUUCAUCGGCAUCUUCUGCUUCGAGGCUGGGAUCAAGAUCAUCGCGCUGGGCUUUGUCCUUCACAAGGGCUCCUACCUUCGGAAUGGCUGGAAUGUCAUGGACUUCGUGGUGGUCCUUACGGGGAUCCUCGCCACAGCUGGCACUGACUUUGACCUGCGAACGCUGCGGGCUGUGCGUGUGCUGAGGCCCCUGAAGCUGGUGUCUGGGAUUCCAAGUUUGCAGGUGGUGCUCAAGUCCAUCAUGAAGGCCAUGGUUCCACUCCUGCAGAUUGGGCUGCUUCUCUUUUUCGCCAUCCUCAUGUUCGCCAUCAUUGGCCUCGAGUUCUACAUGGGCAAAUUCCACAAGGCUUGUUUCCCCAACAGCACAGAUGCAGAUCCGGUAGGUGACUUCCCGUGUGGCAGGGAAGCCCCAGCUCGGCUGUGUGAGGGCGACACUGAGUGCCGGGAGUACUGGGCCGGACCCAACUUCGGCAUCACCAACUUCGACAACAUCCUGUUCGCCAUCCUGACGGUGUUCCAGUGCAUCACCAUGGAGGGCUGGACCGACAUCCUCUACAACACCAAUGAUGCGGCCGGCAACACCUGGAACUGGCUCUACUUCCUGCCCCUGAUUAUCAUCGGCUCCUUCUUCAUGCUCAACCUGGUGCUGGGCGUGCUCUCAGGAGAGUUUGCCAAGGAGCGUGAGCGGGUGGAGAACCGCCGGGCCUUUCUGAAGCUCCGCCGGCAGCAGCAGAUCGAGCGGGAGCUCAACGGGUACCUGGAGUGGAUCUUCAAGGCCGAGGAGGUCAUGCUGGCCGAGGAGGACAAGAACGCGGAAGAGAAGUCCCCUCUGGAUGUGUUGAAGAGAGCAGCCACCAAGAAGAGCCGAAACGACCUGAUCCACGCGGAGGAGGGAGAGGACCGCUUUGUAGACCUCUGUGCUGUGGGGUCCCCCUUCGCUCGAGCCAGCCUCAAGAGUGGGAAGACGGACAGCUCGUCAUACUUCCGCAGGAAGGAGAAGAUGUUCCGGUUCUUCAUCCGGCGCCUGGUGAAGGCCCAGAGCUUCUACUGGGUGGUGCUGUGCGUGGUGGCCCUGAACACACUGUGCGUGGCCAUGGUGCACUACCACCAGCCGCAGCGGCUCACCACGGCGCUGUACUUUGCAGAGUUUGUUUUCCUGGGUCUCUUCCUCACAGAGAUGUCCCUGAAGAUGUAUGGCCUGGGGCCCAGGAGCUACUUCCGGUCCUCCUUCAACUGCUUCGAUUUUGGGGUCAUUGUGGGGAGCAUUUUCGAGGUGGUCUGGGCGGCCAUCAAGCCAGGAACCUCCUUCGGCAUCAGUGUGCUGCGGGCGCUGCGGCUGCUGAGAAUCUUCAAAGUCACAAAGUACUGGAGCUCCCUGCGGAACCUGGUGGUGUCCCUGCUCAACUCCAUGAAGUCCAUCAUCAGCCUGCUCUUCCUUCUCUUCCUCUUCAUCGUGGUCUUCGCUCUGCUGGGCAUGCAGCUCUUUGGGGGGCAGUUCAACUUCCAGGAUGAGACUCCGACAACCAACUUUGACACCUUCCCUGCUGCCAUCCUCACUGUCUUCCAGAUCCUGACCGGGGAGGACUGGAACGCGGUGAUGUACCAUGGGAUCGAAUCGCAAGGUGGAGUUAGCAAGGGCAUGUUCUCGUCCGUGUACUUCAUCGUCCUGACGCUGUUUGGGAACUAUACCCUGCUGAACGUCUUCCUGGCCAUCGCCGUGGACAACCUUGCCAAUGCUCAGGAGCUGACCAAGGACGAAGAGGAGAUGGAAGAAGCAGCCAAUCAGAAGCUUGCUCUGCAAAAGGCCAAAGAAGUGGCUGAAGUCAGCCCCAUGUCUGCUGCGAACAUCUCCAUUGCCGCCAGGCAGCAGAACUCGGCCAAGGCGCGCUCGGUGUGGGAGCAGCGGGCCAGCCAGCUGCGGCUGCAGAACCUGCGGGCCAGCUGUGAAGCGCUGUAUAGCGAGAUGGACCCUGAGGAGCGGCUGCGCUUCGCCACUUCCCGCCACCUGCGGCCCGACAUGAAGACGCACCUGGACCGGCCGCUUGUGGUGGAGCCAGGCCGGGAUGGCGCGCGGGGGCCCGCGGGGGGCAAGGUCCGGCCCGAGGGCGGGGAGGCCGGCGAGGGCGGAGGGCGGGGACCCGGGGGCCCGGGAGGAGCGGGCAACGGCCCCCGGGAGGCUGAGAGCGGGGAGGAGCCCGCCCGGCGGCACCGAGCGCGACACAAGGCGCCACCCGCACACGAGGAGGCGGAGAAGGAGGCCGAGGCGGAGGACAGGGACAGGGACAAGGAGCCCCGGAACCACCAGCCCAGGGAGUCGCACUGUGACCUGGAGGCCACUGUGGUAAUUGGUGUGGGCCCUGUGCAUGCCCUGCCCAGCACUUGUCUAGAGAAGGUGGAAGAACAGCCAGAGGAUGCAGACAAUCAGCGGAAUGUUACUCGUAUGGGCAGUCAGCCCUCGGAUCUGAGCACCACUGUGCAUAUUCCAGUGACGCUGACCGGGCCUCCCGGGGAGACCACGGUUACUCCCAGUGGUAAUGUGGAUCUGGAAAGCCAAGCAGAAGGAAAGAAGGAGGUGGAAGCUGAUGAUGUGAUGAGGAGCGGCCCCCGACCCAUUGUCCCGUACAGCUCCAUGUUCUGCUUAAGCCCCACCAACCUGCUCCGCCGCUUCUGCCACUACAUUGUGACCAUGCGGUACUUCGAGAUGGUCAUUCUUGUGGUCAUUGCCCUGAGUAGCAUUGCCCUGGCCGCUGAGGACCCUGUGCAGACAGACUCGCCCAGGAACAACGUGCUGAAGUACAUGGACUACAUCUUCACGGGUGUCUUCACCUUUGAGAUGGUGAUAAAGAUGAUCGAUUUGGGACUGCUGCUGCACCCUGGUGCCUACUUCCGGGAUCUGUGGAACAUUCUGGACUUCAUUGUGGUCAGUGGGGCCCUGGUGGCGUUUGCCUUCUCAGGCUCCAAAGGGAAAGACAUCAGCACCAUCAAGUCCCUGAGGGUCCUGCGUGUGCUGAGGCCGCUCAAGACCAUCAAGCGGCUGCCCAAACUCAAAGCUGUGUUUGACUGUGUGGUGAACUCCCUGAAGAACGUCCUCAACAUCCUGAUCGUCUACAUGCUCUUCAUGUUCAUAUUUGCUGUCAUCGCGGUGCAGCUCUUCAAGGGGAAGUUUUUCUACUGCACCGAUGAGUCCAAGGAGCUGGAGCGGGACUGCAGGGGCCAGUAUUUGGACUAUGAGAAGGAGGAGGUGGAAGCUCAGCCACGGCAGUGGAAGAAAUACGACUUCCACUACGACAACGUGCUCUGGGCCCUGCUGACUCUGUUCACUGUGUCCACGGGUGAAGGGUGGCCCAUGGUGCUGAAACACUCAGUGGAUGCCACCUACGAGGAGCAGGGCCCAAGCCCUGGGUACCGCAUGGAACUGUCCAUUUUCUACGUGGUCUACUUCGUGGUCUUCCCCUUCUUCUUUGUGAACAUCUUUGUGGCCUUGAUCAUCAUCACCUUCCAGGAGCAGGGGGACAAGGUCAUGUCUGAGUGCAGCUUGGAGAAGAACGAGAGGGCUUGUAUCGACUUCGCCAUUAGCGCCAAACCGCUGACGCGGUACAUGCCCCAGAACAAGCAGUCGUUCCAGUACAAGACGUGGACGUUCGUGGUCUCACCACCCUUUGAGUAUUUCAUCAUGGCCAUGAUAGCCCUCAACACAGUGGUGCUGAUGAUGAAGUUCUAUGAUGCACCCUACGAGUAUGAGCUGAUGCUGAAGUGUCUGAACAUCGUGUUCACAUCCAUGUUCUCCAUGGAGUGCGUACUCAAGAUCAUCGCCUUUGGAGUGCUGAACUAUUUCAGAGACGCCUGGAAUGUCUUUGACUUUGUCACUGUGUUGGGAAGUAUUACUGAUAUUUUAGUAACAGAGAUUGCGAACAACUUCAUCAACCUUAGCUUCCUCCGCCUCUUCCGUGCUGCCAGACUCAUCAAGCUGCUCCGCCAAGGCUACACCAUCCGCAUCCUGCUCUGGACCUUCGUCCAGUCCUUCAAGGCCCUGCCCUAUGUGUGCCUGCUCAUCGCCAUGCUGUUCUUCAUCUACGCCAUCAUCGGCAUGCAGGUGUUUGGAAACAUCGCUCUGGAUGAUGACACCAGCAUCAACCGUCACAAUAACUUUCGGACGUUUCUGCAAGCCCUGAUGCUGCUCUUCAGGAGUGCCACCGGGGAGGCCUGGCAUGAGAUCAUGCUGUCCUGCCUCAGCAGCCGGGCCUGCGACGAGCUCGCCAAUGCCACGGAGUGUGGGAGUGACUUCGCCUACUUCUACUUUGUCUCCUUCAUCUUCCUUUGCUCCUUUCUGAUGUUGAACCUCUUUGUGGCUGUGAUCAUGGACAAUUUUGAGUACCUUACGCGGGACUCUUCCAUCCUAGGGCCUCACCACCUGGACGAAUUCAUCCGGGUCUGGGCUGAGUACGACCCGGCUGCGUGUGGGCGCAUCAGUUACAAUGACAUGUUUGAGAUGCUGAAACACAUGUCCCCGCCCCUGGGGCUGGGGAAGAAAUGCCCUGCUCGCGUUGCAUACAAGCGCCUGGUUCGUAUGAACAUGCCCAUCUCCAAUGACGACAUGACCGUCCACUUCACAUCCACGCUGAUGGCCCUCAUCCGGACGGCACUGGAGAUCAAGCUGGCUCCAGCUGGCACGAAGCAGCAUCAGUGCGACGCAGAGCUAAGGAAGGAGAUCUCCUCCGUGUGGGCCAACCUGCCCCAGAAGACCCUGGACUUACUGGUGCCUCCCCAUAAACCCGACGAGAUGACGGUGGGGAAGGUGUACGCAGCUCUGAUGAUAUUCGACUUCUACAAACAGAACAAAACCACCAGAGACCAGAUUCACCAAGCUCCCGGAGGCCUGGCCCAGAUGGGCCCCGUGUCCCUGUUCCACCCCCUGAAGGCCACGCUGGAGCAGACUCAGCCGGCUGUGCUCCGAGGAGCCCGCGUUUUCCUUCGGCAGAAGAGCUCAGCCUCCCUCAGCAACGGUGGGGCAGUACAAACCCAAGAGGGCGGCAUCAAGGAGUCUGUCUCCUGGGGCACUCAGAGGACCCAGGAGGUACCCUGUGAGGUGAGGACACCCCUGGAGCGUGGCCACUCCACAGAGAUCCCGGUGGUGCAGACAGGAAAACCGGCUGUGGACGUCCAGAUGCAGAGCAUGGCCCUGAGAGGCCCUGACGGGGAGCCCCAACCCGGGCUGGAGAGCCAGGGCCGAGCGGCCUCCAUGCCUCGCCUGGCAGCAGAGACUCAGCCACCCCCAGAUGCCAGCCCCAUGAAGCGCUCCAUCUCCACACUGGCACCCCAGAGGCCCCAUGUGGCUCAUCUCUGCAACGUGGCCCUGGACCGCGCUCCAGCCAGCCAGGCUGCCCCCCACCACCACCACCGCUGCCAUCGCCGCAGGGACCGGAAGCAGAAGUCCCUGGAGAAGGGGCCCAGCCUGUCUGCAGAUACAGAUGGUGCACCCUAUAGCACCGCGGGGCCGGGGCCCCCGCCGCCCCCAGGGGAUGGGGCAGCAGGCUGCCGACGGGAGCGCAGGCAGGAGCGGGGCCGGUCCCAGGAACGAAGGCAGCCCUCCUCCUCCUCCUCUGAGAAGCAGCGCUUCUACUCCUGCGACCGCUUUGGAGGCCGUGAGCCCCCACAGCCCAAGCCCUCUCUCAGCAGCCAUCCGACAUCGCCCACGGCUGGGCAGGAGCCAGGACCCCCGAGACAGGGUAGUGGCUCCGUGAACGGGAGCCCCCUGCUGUCAACAUCUGGUGCUAGCACCCCGGGCCGCGGCGGGCGGAGGCAGCUCCCCCAGACCCCGCUGACGCCCCGUCCCAGCAUCACCUAUAAAACAGCCAACUCCUCGCCUGUCCACUUUGCCGGGGCUCAGACCAGCCUCCCUGCCUUUUCCCCCGGCCGGCUUAGCCGUGGCCUUUCAGAACACAACGCCCUGCUCCAGAGAGACCCCCUCAGCCAGCCCCUGGCCCCCAGCUCUCGGAUUGGCUCUGACCCUUACCUGGGGCAGCGUCUGGACAGCGAGGCCGCAGCCCGCACCCAGCCUGAGGACACGCUCACCUUCGAGGAGGCUGUGGCCACCAACUCGGGCCGCUCCUCCCGGACUUCUUACGUGUCUUCCCUGACCUCCCAGUCCCACCCCCUCCGCCGGGUGCCCAAUGGCUACCACUGCACUCUGGGGCUCAGCUCGGGCGGGGGCGGCCGGGGGCGGCACAGCUACCACCACCCCGACCAAGACCACUGGUGCUAG